AUGAUGCCGAGGCAGCUCUUUGGCGUAAAUCCCGUAUGGAAAAGUUUUUCAAGGGACAUAUCUUCAACGAGGACUCUUUCCUUUCACCUGAAUUUAAAUGGGUUCUCACUAUAUUACUCAAACAAUCUAAUGAGUGGCAACAGUUUAAACUUUUCUAAGAAACAGAACAAUUCAUCUUGCUUGAGAUUUACACCAAAUUAUAGAUUUGCAGCAAUAACAAGAUCGCUAACAUCAGGAACUUCAAGCUCUCAGUCUCCAUCUUCGGCAUCACCAGUAUCAAAAGUUUCAAAUAUCUGCCAUCCACCAGCACAAGCUAAUGCACACAUACCUUUCCAGGUAAAAUUGAAAGAUCAAAAGAAAGACACCAGAUCCGUAUUGGAACUAUAUCAACAGGGAGAAAUAAAAAACCUAAAGCAAUUGUUUAAUCCAUAUAUGGCUCUGACGAAACCAAAUCUAACCUUUUUGAUCAUGUUAUCAUCCAUCUGUUCCUACACUCUAGCUCCUGGUUCAGCAGAUGUGUCUAAAUUUGUUUUUCUAACAAUUGGUACACUCCUGGCAUCAGGUGCAGCCAAUGCAAUCAAUAUGGGUCGUGAGCCAAACUUUGAUUCUCAGAUGGUUCGAACCUCAGCAAGACCGGUUGUCACAGGACUAGUGAAACCACAUGAAGCAUUCAAAUUUGCUGCAAUCACAGGAACCUUAGGAUGCUCGAUAUUAUAUCUAGGAGUUAACCCCAUUGUCGCCGCUUUGGGUGCCACCAACAUCGUACUUUAUAGUUGGUUGUACACAUCACUGAAGAGGAAGUCUAUUCUAAAUACAUGGGUAGGUGCAAUUGUUGGUGCUAUUCCUCCAUUGAUGGGUUGGGCCACAUGCUCAUCUCUGGCGGACCCUGGUGCUUGGUGCCUAGCUUUAUUAUUAUAUGCAUGGCAAUUCCCUCAUUUUAAUACUCUAAGUCAUAAUAUCAAGGACGAAUACAAACGUGCAGGUUAUGUUAUGACAGCCUUUGUCAAUCCAAAACUAAAUGCUAGGGUUGCAUUGAGAUAUUCCCUAUUGAUGUUCCCAAUUUGUUUUGCAAUGGUUUAUUAUGGAGUCUGUGAUUCAUAUUUUGUUUUCGAUUCUUCAAUCUUAAACGCUUGGAUGUCCUAUACUUCAUUUAAAUUUUGGUUGCAACAACGUCAUAAUUAUUCUUCCAAAGUGCUGCAAAGUGGAGGUCCAAGUACCAACGACAUAAACAUGGCCAACGUUUGGGCGAAGAAAACGUUCUGGAGUUCCAUCUGGCAUCUACCAAUUGUUAUGAUCUUGGCGAUGCUGCACAAAAAGGGACAAUGGGAUAGAUUUUUUGGGGACCCUAACCAAGAAGAACUCAAACCUUGA